AUGGGCCGGCCGUCCCAGGACACCGCGACGUCCACCUCGCCGUCCGGCUCGUGCCGCUCGUCCAAGCGCGGCCCGCGGCUGGACCGCCGCAACGCGUCCAAGAACAUCGGCUACGAGUACGACCCCGCCAAGCUCUUCUGCAGCUACCCGCCGUCCCCGUCGCGGGCCUCCUCGGCCUCGGCCUCCGCCGCGCCCUCGGUCGCCAGCUCCGUCGACCUCAGCAGCUUCCGCAUCGGCGGCAGCGGCGAUGGCGGCGGCGACGUCCAGCUCCUCUGCCGCAACCUCGGCCUCUCCGGCCCCGAGGACUUCGCCAUCUCCCUCACCGACUGGGAGGCGCACAAGGCCUUCCGCUCCUCCGCCUCCUCCUCCGCCUCCAGCUCCCCUUCCGCGCGCUCGCAGCCCGACCGCCCCGUGCGGGAGUCCCCGCUCCGCCACGAGGCCGUCGAGGAGCCGACCUUGCCCGCGGACGCUGAUUUCGAGCUCCCGGCCAAGGAAACUGCCAGGGACCCGCCGGUUGAGGCGCCAGUGCGGCCGGCAUGGUUGGAUCCGCCGGAGCCAGCCCGUCCGGAUGUGAAGAAACCAGGCUGCGAGGGAGGGAUCAAGGGCGUGCGCCCGCCGCCGGUGAUGCUCAAGCCACCGCCGUCGAUGGCGCUGCCGCCCGCCUCCCAGGCGGGCUCCACGUGGGAUAUCCUGCUGUCUUUCGCGCCAGAGGAACAAGGGCAACCACAGGCGAUCAGAUCUGUCCCCGACUUUGGAGACCCGGAUGCCGAGGACGAGGAUGCGGCGGAAGUGUUGACGUUGGAAGAUCUCAGGCUGGGGGAGAGCUCCGAGGAAUUCACAGGCACAUCCUCGAUAUCCACGACAAACGACGAUGAGACAACCGAGUCUAUGUUCUACAUCUCGCCCAACGGGAGGUUUAAGAGGAAGAUCCGGUCGUGGAGUCGAGGCGUGCUCUUGGGGAGUGGCUCCUUUGGGACGGUCUAUGAGGGGAUCAGCGACGAGGGUGUCUUUUUUGCUGUCAAAGAAGUGUCCUUACAUGAUCAAGGGAGCAACGCACAGCAGUGUAUUUUCCAACUUGAGCAGGAAAUUGCACUCUUGAGUCAGUUUGAACAUGAGAAUAUAGUACACUAUUUCGGAACUGACAAAGAGGACUCGAAACUUUACAUCUUCCUUGAACUAGUGACCCAAGGAUCUCUUGUAUCUUUGUAUCAGAAGUACCGCCUACGAGAUACUCAUGUUUCGGCAUACACAAGACAAAUACUUAAUGGAUUGAAUUACCUACAUGAGAGGAAUAUUGUUCAUAGAGAUAUUAAAUGUGCCAACAUACUGGUGCAUGCGAAUGGAUCCGUGAAGCUUGCGGACUUUGGACUUGCUAAGCAGACCUCCAAACUCAAUGUGCUAAAAUCAUGCAAAGGAACUGUAUAUUGGAUGGCACCUGAGGUCGUCAAUCCCAAGAAGACAUAUGGACCUGCAGCUGAUAUAUGGAGUUUGGGUUGCACGGUCCUAGAGAUGUUGACACGUCAACUUCCCUAUCCUGAUCUGGAGUGGACUCAAGCCCUAUACAGGAUUGGUAAGGGUGAACCACCAGCAAUUCCAAGUGGUCUUUCGAAGGAAGCUCGUGAUUUCAUUAGCCAGUGUGUAAAACCCAAUCCAGAAGACAGACCUUCCGCGUCCAAACUUCUGGAUCAUCCUUUUGUGAAUAGAUCUAUGCGAUCUAUACGGUCCAUGAGGACAUAUACACGCCCAAAUUCUUCUACACGUGGCACGAGCGGAUAG